UGGCGCCGGCGGCCGGGACCGCGAAGAUGUCGGCCUCGUUAGUCCGGGCCACUGUCCGGGCUGUGAGCAAGAGGAAGCUGCAGCCCACCCGAGCCGCCCUCACGCUGACACCUUCAGCAGUAAACAAGAUAAAACAACUUCUUAAAGAUAAACCUGAGCAUGUAGGUGUGAAGGUUGGUGUCCGGACCAGGGGCUGUAAUGGCCUUUCUUAUACUUUAGAAUAUACGAAGACAAAGGGAGAUUCUGAUGAAGAAGUUGUUCAAGAUGGAGUCAGAGUGUUCAUCGAAAAGAAAGCACAGCUAACACUUUUAGGAACAGAAAUGGACUAUGUUGAAGACAAAUUAUCCAGCGAGUUUGUGUUCAAUAACCCAAACAUCAAAGGAACUUGUGGCUGUGGAGAAAGCUUUAAUAUUUGAAACCUCAGGACUCCUUUAGCCGGAAGCUCCAGGAAAGCUUGGUGAAGCCUUGGGACUCACUGAAGAAAUCAUGUGACUGUCACGUGCUUAAGGUUUAUAAUGUGUGUCUGCCUUGUGAGGAAAGUAAAGUGAUGCAUUUUGAAAAUGAAGCCAGGAUGUUAGGUUCCAGAAGAAGUGAUAUUUAUUUUCUCUGUAGGAGAUAAAAAAAAAUGAGAAGCCAUUGCUCUCUUUGUAUCAUUACCUGUUCUGUAAAGAAAAAAAUGCCACCCUGCAUUUAGCUCUCUUGCACCCAUUUCGUUAGAACCUGCUGUUCAUUAAAGUUGCAUUCCUGGAAUGUGUUCAGGAAAUGGUUGAACAGGUGUGCUCUUGUGAUAUCUCUGUUGAAUUGCUUGAAUUGUGUCUCAGCAUUUUUCCCAACCAGACUGGUGGCUCCUAAAAGUCAGAGGCACGAAGUCCUGCUGUGGGUUGUGACAGGAACAUGUUUUGCCACCAAAUUUGGUAUAACUUUUUUACAUUUUUAUCAACAAUUUCAUUGUGAGAUGCCUCGUUUGUGAGAUAACCUUUCACAGUAGGAGAAAAGAUUUCCUUGAACUAUAGUACACAUAUCUGAACAAUGGUAUCAAAAGGUAAGAAAUACUUUAUCCACUUAUUUGUAAUCCAUUUCUUUUGUCCACCCUAAAUGCUCAAAGAUGGAGCACAAGCUGACCUAGAUUAUUUUAGUUGAAAGGUCUCUUAAAAGUCAUCUAGUCAAGGAGCCAGCAGGUGACAUGGUGGUUAAGGCGCUUAACCGCAUGACCACCCACAGUUCGAGUCUUGGAUCUGGCAACUUGAAAAUCACACCAGGUGAGUGUGCGUACCUGUCCCAAAUCCCAGGAGGAUUGUGGCAUGGACACCCCUCCUGGGGAGUGAUUUCUCAACUCUCCAUCAAGCGUACAUGCCCUGUGUCAAAAACCAAAAAUAACCUCACCUAGUCACCCCCUUCAUUUCUGUCUAUAAGGAAGCAAAACCCCAGGGAAGCCCAAGGGCUUUUGUCCUCACUCAUUUUGCAAGCUGGGUGAGAGCUGAACUCUGCCCCACCUCCCCUUUCUUGUAGGUGACUGAGCUCUAAGCUCUGAGGUAAUCUUAAUAGUGAUCUGGCGUUUUUUAUCUAGUCAACAGUUUGAUAAAAUUUCUUUGUAAUUUGAUGGUGAUCGUAAUAGUUUUAGUUUGAAUAGGAAGAAUUUUAUUUUAAAACCCUUUUAUGUGAAUUACCACCUUGUUUCUUUAGAACUUUAAAACAGUGGUUUGUACUAGCAGAAAAGAACUUGUAACAACCCAGAAUUAUUAUUUUAGAAUUUGGUUGUAAUUGCAAAGCAGAACAUGGGGUCUUUUUUUUUCUUCUUCUUCUUCUUCUUAAUUCUUAAUACAUGUGUACUUUCUGCUUCCAAAGUCCAAUUCCUAUGUAAACCACUGGGGCCAGGAUUCAGAGCAUGGUUGACCUUGUGGAAUCCUGCUUCCUUAACCACUGAGCUAUAGAGCCAGCCCUCUACAACUUUUGAACACUAUUUUAACCUAACAUUUGUUCUAUCAACUUUUAAAGUAUUCCUUUUAUCACUUAGUUUAUUGAUUUUUCCUGGGUUUGACAUAUUAAGUAUUCUGAGGUUACAUUAUGCUUUUUUUGAAAGCUAAUUCUCAUGAAUUAAAAUAGCUAAGUUCCUUUAUGUUGCCCUAUUUACUAAAAUACUGGCACAAAAUGCACCAAAUCUAGAGCAGUAGGUUUAUAUAAAUGAGUUUGUAUCUUUAAUAUAAUUGUUGAUCCACUUAAAAUUUGUGCAAUACUGUGUGUAUGUUAGAGAUCAAGUUCUUAAUAAAAAAAAAUGUGGCCUCUU